CCAGUUAAAACGAAGUUACUAAAACUCAAAACUGUUGUCAAAAAUGACUGUCAAAACUUGAUGAAAUGCGACGUGCAGUUUUGCUAUGGAAAGAAAUUGCAAGCAAUUGGUGGAAUGGUUGUUAGAUAUGAAACUGAAAACUGUGAUAGUAGCAACAUUGAUCUUGGUCUUUCUACUGUUUGCUGGAAUCUGUUACAAGACUUCACCAUGGCAGAGAAAACCUUAUUUAAAGCUUCAUAACAUCCAGCACCGGGCAGGUAACAGGUUUGGGCAGCCAGUUGUGAAGGACGAGUUACCUCCUGAUAAGGUCAAGCCCCCUGUGCAAAAUGAUCUCAUAGACCUGGAGAAAAAGAGUAACAAUGUAGAGUCAGCUCCAGAGGUGUUGCCUCACAGGUCACAUGACAUUCAAAGGCUGCUGGGAAAUGUACCUCCACAUGACAGCAUAUUCCAGGUUGACCAAAUGCCAACUGAUAGAGGUUUAUGGCCAACAGUUGGUAAUGGUCAUAUUGCUACCGUCGUUAACAGUGACACCAUACAUAUGAAUGGACUGUACAAUGGUGCUCAGGCAACUUCUCACAGGGCAAGGAUUCCUGCCUUGAUUGCAAUUGAAAUUUCCAUAGCAGCACCAAAAGUUCCAGUCAUUAAAACCUAUUCUCUAGAGAUGGGAGGAGGAAUUUUCAAUGAAACUACGGUGGGAACAUUCUUCAGAAUAGAGAAGCUGACGUAUGCUCAUAGAACCUACCGAGAACUCUUUGUUGUGGAGUUGAAAAUAAAAAUCCACGAUCAUCCAACCCGUGAGCCAUUAAUCCUGAAGCUGUCCGUAAAAUCUGAUGUUAGUAGCGAUGACUUGGAUAUUACAGAAGGUACCUGUGACAUACCAACUGUGGACUGCAGUUAUGUCCAUGGAACAGUGAAGCAGCCAGAGUGUGAGGGCGAGAAGCCUGGAGAAGUUCAUAUCUUCUACACAGAUAUACCCACUAACAUCACCAUGGAUGAUGGGAUGGUGGAGGAGGCCUCCCACCUUUACCUCAUGUCUCUCAGUCCUGACCCCAGGCUGGCUAAGGACAAGUUUGACAAUGGAUUCCGUUUAAACCAAAGACAUCCACUCAGCAGAAGUCACAUGAGCGCCUGGGCAUCAAUAUGGGCAGAGGGACGAAUGGAUAUGGGAAGUAACUCUGAACUGGCCCAGCUCAGUUAUUCCAGCCUGUACUAUAUUCUGAGUUGUCUGCCCUUGGAAUGGGAUGUAAACAACCCCUUUGGUGGCAUGUCUUUAGGAGGGUUGGCCAAUGGAGAACAACGACAGGGUCAUGUGACUGGGGAUCAAGAACGGUGGAUCUUCCCCCCACUCCUAUUGUUGCAUUCUAACCUGAGCAGGUCUAUGCUGGAUUAUCGAGCUCACACACUCAAGGUUGCCAUGGAAACGGCAGCAUCACAGCAUUACAAAGGGGCUCUGUAUUCCUGGGAGACAGCAUAUUCUGGACGAAGUGUUAGCUCUGACAAGUCGGCAGACUUGUAUCGUCACUACAGCACAGGUGAUUUAGCUUUAGCCGUGCAGCAAUACAUGUGGCUAACCAAUGAUACAAGUUUUUUAACCAGAGGUCAAGGGUCAGAUCUGGUCAAGGCCAUUGCGGAAUUCUGGGAAUCUCGAAUUACCUAUGACACUAGCAAAAAGUUAUAUAAAAUUUCAGGAGUUAUGCCCCCUGGGAAAUCUUCGUUUUUGGUGAAUAACUCCAUGUAUACAAACAGCGUGGCCAACAUCAGCCUCAUGUUACCACAUCAGCUUUUUCCAGAGCAAGGCAUACCAUUUUCCGACAAGUUUAAAGCCUAUGCUGACAGCCUAUUCAUCCCGUUUGAUGAAAACCUCCGGUUCAACCCAGCCUUUGACAAAUAUCAGCCAGGCUCUCCAGUAAAAGAACCUGAGGUGUUGUUGUUGAAUAUAGCCCUGACAGAUGACAUCGGAGUUGAUGUAGAGAAGAAGAACCUUAAAGUUUAUGAAAAGAGCUCAAGUGCUAGCCGGUCUCCACUGACCCAUGCCUCGGUCACAAUGAACUGGCUCUUUGUGAAGGAUGGAGUUAAGGCUGAAGAAUCGCUCAGCAGAUGCCUACAGUCUGUCAGGGGACCAUUCAAGGUGUGGUCAGAGCACACAGACGGGACAGGAGCCGUUAGUUUUGUGCCAGCCAUGGCUGCCUAUCUGCAGACUCUUCUAUAUGGGUACGCUGGCUUUAGAAUACAACAACAACAGCUGGCCUUUGACCCAGUUUUGCCACCAAAGGUGACCCAAUUCACAGUCCAUGGUGUGGAUUAUCUGGGUCAGUCGUUAACUUUCGUCAUCACCAAGGAUAGCAUUGUAAUAAGUUUGACACCCUCCAGAACCCGGCAGUUGUUGUUAAUUGUGGUUGAUCUGCAGACAACAAAAACUCACACUUUUAAAAACAACAGGACAGUGAGGCUAAAAGCUGGAACGAAGGGUGUGAUUCGACAGCUUCGUCCUCAAAAGGAUAUGGUUAGAUAGCGACAAGUAACAUUUGGGAUCUGAAAUACUGAAGUAAACUUCCACCAAUCUCAUUCCAUAUGCCACAAAUAUGUAUCGGUGACAUCCUGGCACUUCACUUACCUUGUGGCAGAGGUAAGCAGACAACGAGCUGAAAGAUGGGAAGGCACUGUAUGGAAUGAACGACAGUGGAUUAUAUUCUGAGAAUUAUGCCUGAUAAUAUUGGAAAAUUACCUGAUAAUAUUGGAAAAUUACCUAAUAAUAUUGGAAAAUUACCUGAUAAUAUUGGAAAAUUACCUGAUAAUAUUGGAAAAUUACCAUAUAGUGUGUUUUACAACAGAACGAUCUGCUUAGCACACUCAGAUUGGGAACAGUGUUGAGUAGUUCUGCUUUGAAGCAGUUUUGUAUUAUGUAAUGAUUUAUUUGAUUGUUUUUUAACGCAUACUCAAGAAUUUUUCACUUAUAAGACUGCUGUCAGUUUUGUUGAGGAAAGUACAGUGCUCAUAGUAAAACACAUUUCUGCUAAGUACCUGAGAGUUUCCCAUGUGACUUAGGUAUGCACACCAUGACAAUGAUGGAUGAAGUGGCCUGCGGCGAAUGACGAAUGUGUAAACUGCCACACCACCAUCGUCAGCUGUUUAUUGUCAUCAAGGCUCCUUACAGUUAGGGCGAGGAAAUAUACAGAUGUAGCUGUCUGAUCCUGUGUUUUGUGUCAUUGAGACAACACUUUCACCUCUGUGUCUGAGCAAGUAGUCUGUAUCCAGUAAUGACAAGUGCUUGAGUAUGCACGGUCUCAAAUUCCUGGAUCAGAAGUUGAUAAACAGGAAGUAGUUUAUAGGAGAGUAGAGUACCCAGUUGAGCAAGUGCUAUCAAACAGAAUUGGGCAUGACGUAUGGUGACAUUGCAGUUUUCUACACCAGGUUUUGUACAAAUUAAAUUAUAAACUGGCACUGUCAAGUGAUUUAGACAGGACAUCAUUGGAUGUGUAGGCUACUCAUGAAUAAACCUCUCCCAAACACUGGCUAUGUUUGAAAUUACCUGCGGAAAUCAUGCUGGAGAAAGGCUAAUCCCUGAAUUCUUUGGUUUAUAUUAUUGAACAGCCAUUGAAUGAUCACAUAAUGACUAGUCCAUAUUUGUUGAUACGUGCUACAGCAUGCACCAAAAAUCAGUGGACAAUAGCCCCAAUGUGUUGUGAGAUUAUGAUAGUAUGAGAUAUUAAUAAAUCGGUAGGCCUUUGUGUCCGUAGUCUGUCAUUACAGUGUGACAAACUGUCCAAAUGGGUUUAAGUACCGAUUUGGUCCAAAGAUAUUGUCAUUAGGUCAUCUCAUUAAGAUAAACUGUGAUAGGUUGAUUUUAGACCAAAGCAAUGUUUAGGGAAAAAAUUUAGAGCCCAGACUGAAAAAUGUAUAUUUAUGUAUAAUUUUCUAGGAAAAUAAGUACACGAAUUAAUACGUACAGGUACCCCACAAAAUUUUUGAUUUUUUUUUUGUCAGCCUUGUGCUUUGUGAAGCAGCAUCUUGAAAGUGGUAAAUGAAUUCUCAGCAUUCAUGUUAGUGCUUGAAAGGUUGUCUUUUUGUGUUAUAUUUUUCACCACCAAGGGCAAUAAUUCUUUCAAAUUUGGUUCACUGAGGCAUUUUAUAGGAUUGCUUGGAAAUGUAGAGUUAUUUCCCCUUGAGUUGAAUACCUUCUGUGUUUACUUCAUUGGUUUUCUGGCCAUAUGUACUCAGCAUUAUUGAUCUGUUAGUGUUAGGGUGAGUUAUAGUUGAAUAUAGUUGUAUGUUUUUGGUUAGUGAAAUAUCUAUCUUUUUGGGUGUAAAUAUGGACAUGUAUAGUCAGAGUAUACCAUAAGUCAAAUGGUAAUUUCUCUAUAGAGAUUUAUUUGUUUAUUUGAUUGGUGUUUUAUGCCAUAGUCAAGAAUAUUUCACCUAUACAACGGCAGCCAGCAUUAUAUAUAAUGGUGGGAGGAUGGCUGGACUUGAGCUCACAGCGACCGCAUUGGUGAGAGGCAUCUGGGUCAUUACGCUGCGCUAACCAACUGAGUCACGGACGCCCCCUCUCUAUAGAGAAGCGAUAUUAUAGUUUUUACUGAAGUUAGAACAUUACUGUUAAAAUAAGUGGUAUUUAUUCAUGGAAUACUGGAUUGUUAAUCUGGAAGAAGCAUUCAAAUCGAGCCGAUAUUGUCUGUCAUUCCUUUGCAAUAUGAUAGAUGGGGUGAUGGUUAGAUAUCCCAGGUACAAUCAGGCAGUCUCCUACUAACUAGUCAAAGCCAAUACCAGUGGAGGUAAAAGUUGAGUUUCUCUCCAGUCUUAGAGGAUAUGAGAAGUCAGGUGGUGAUUAGAUGUUCUUUGAUAUGUAGGCCUACAUAUGUCAGACUGGUAUUCACACUGUGCAGUUUUUGUCAUGGACUGCUUGUAAUCAUUAACAUGUGUUUGAUCCUGUAGUUGAGGUUGUAUUAAACCAUGCUUGUGUGAGAGAUGGGAAGUAGGAGUAAGUCAGAGAAAAGACUUUCUAAUGUUAACUUUACACAUCAUAAACCCAGGGCCUGCGGAUUCAGUCACCAUUUUAUCUGAAGGGACUUGAAUGUUUCACCUGGAAACUGCCAUGAUGUAUGCAUGAUGCAAAAUCCCAAUCAGAUGAAUUCUGUAAUGUGCAUUAGUAGGUGUUAGAUGCACGCAUGUGGUAACUAUUAUAGAUCAGUCCUACAAUUCUAAUCUUCCAGUCAAAUAAUGUACUCGGUCGGUGGGGGGGGGGGGGGGGGAUGCUUCUUUGCUGUUCUAAAAUGGGAAACUGGAUCAGUAAUGAUUGGUUACUAACUGGUACCUGAGAGACUCUUAGAAAUAACCAGUUUUGUAACAGUUAGGGUCUCCCCAAAGUAUUCUUUUGGCAGGGUGUAUGGCAUACAUGGUAAACACUGUUAUUUAUGUGAUAGUUUGGAGGUGCUGUGGACAAAUAUGUUACAAACACAGGUCAAUGUUGAGAGGACUCGUGUGAUUUGAUAUUGAAGGUAUGAUUUUGUUUUGUACAUGGAGAAAUAUACAACAUUAUUUCCUGCAAAUUUGAUUACAAGGUCAAUGUAUGCAAAUGUCAUUGUAGACAUACACAUAUGAUUAAGUGGUGAGUGCUGUUCGCCCAUGAUAGGCCAUUACUUAUACAAGUAUUGCUGUGUUUUGGCACUCUAUACAUGUUAUACAUCAAUCAAUAGAACAUUUGAGAGAUGAUAUUUGUGUAAGGUAUGCUUUAUAGGCCUGUUAUAGAACAGUGAACUGCUAUGUACGUCAACUUUUAAUGAUGUAUUUUUAUAUGAAAGUGGAAUAAAAUCUCAU